UUGGUCAUGGUUGAGUUGCAUUUACACCACAUGAGUGGAAGUAGGAUUUUGUAUGCACAUAAAUAUGUAGUUCAGUAUCACUUUUUUUAAUUAAACAUCUGUAUUCAUAUUUGCAGACAGCCCUAUGGUGCUCUUGGCGAUGUUGAUAUUCAAUGGCACCCUAAAUCUUCCGAGAUGUCAGAAACACAAUUGGAUAAUUCGAAGAUCUGGAUUUGGGUUCACCCAUCUGCUCAUGGACACGUUAUAGAAGCUCUGGUACAAGUGUUUCAAUUACAAAAAAUUACAAUUCAGUCUAAAGAUGCAACAACUCAAGAAACUGAGAUGAAAAUGGAUGGUACCAAGAAUAUUGAAUGCGAUACAACUAAUGAAGACGAGUUGAAAGAUAAGGAAGGUGUAUGUGGGACAGUAGAAAUCAUGGAAAACCUUAGUAAUGAAAAUGCACAAAAUGAAUUACUUUGUACAACAUUAGAUGAUGAAUCAGUGGCAGAAAAUAAAAAAAAUGUUAAGCAUCAAAAGGGAAGAAAGGAUGAAAAUACAGGAAGUGUUGAUAUGCUAAAACUUGGAAAAAGAAAUAUCCCACAUGAACGAACACCUAAAUAUGCGUCUUCUGAUAAUUCAAUUACAAUGACUUUGCUUAAGGACACUCUGAAUAGGUUUCGGCUCACUGGACCCAGGUCUCUCUCUGUCUUAAUGGCUGCUUUCACUCCUGCCAAUAUAAAGCCUGAACCUGAAGACAAUAUACAUAGUUCAUGUGAUAAAAGUAAUGAUUCCACCCAGUUGUGGUGGGAACAAUAUUAUCAUAAUGAAGAGAGGGUAAGGGGCCACCACCAGCAAGUCAGUGCUUGGAAGAAGUUGGCCUCGUCUCGCCAUUUUUCGCGAGUUGUCCUGCCAAUAACAAUUCGAGACCCUCGAGUGACGUUACCUCAUAAGAAGGGCUUCUUUGCUACUCUCACUGCUGAUUAUGUUGAAAGCAUUGAGCAUCCAGACUGGCCAGUAGUCAGCCCACUCUAUGACAGAGGGCUAAGGGAUAUCAUAACACAAUCUAAAGAACCUGAUUCCCUCAUCAAUAAGCGUCGAUCACAGAAUUUAGUACCUGGAUCAGAUAUGCCCGAAAUCCCAGAAGAGAACCGGCUACCGAUUCUUCUGCUCUCGAGACCCCCCACCUUCAGAAAACAUGGUACUGCAUUGUUUAUUUUGUUGUUUGUAAAAUUUACCAUGUAUGAAGAAUACCUUUUGUUAGGAAGUUUACAUUGGUAUUUCUGCUUUGAGACCCAACCUGAAAGAUGUGACAAUUCAUUCACAUACCCGAACACUUGGUCAUUUUCCACCUGACUGUGCUGGCAGGGUUUGAGGGGACCCCAAUGUUGGAUCACUUUACUGUAGCAACAGGAUUUGAGCCCCUUCCCUGAUGCUAGACCACCUUAUUGUUUCAGUGGGGUUUGAGCCCCCAG